AUGCAGAACAGAAUAGGGAUAGACAAGAAACUGCAGAUGAGCAACGCGGGGAUAUUACAUCAGGAUAUCUUACGUGCGGCGAAGGAUAGAGCCAAAGCCUUAGGAGAGAGAGCCUACAAGGAAAACCCCUACGUCUCGUCAGGGAGUGAAAUGGACCAAUCAUUCACCAAAAUCCCCACGAGGAACGAUGCGACCACCGAGAUCCCAGACAGCGGUAAUAGUAACUGGAAGAGCAACUCCGGUUCUAGACGGAACAACAAAAACAAGAACAAUCAACAAUUUGACAGCGAUCAUAACGGAAACAGAAAGAAGCCGUGGCAAAAGAACAGGAGAGGCAACAGUACUCACCAGAACAGCAGUUUCCACGCGAAUCGAGACCAGAAUAGUAGUUACCGCCAAAACGGCGGUUUUGGUUUCGGUUUCACACACCAGAACACCAUCGGCUACCAGACGCAAAACGCCUACAAUCCAUUCGCGUACCAUUCUCCAUACCAACACAACUACACACAAAACGGUCCGACAAAUGGCACUGAUCAACAUAACCAAUUAGCAAUCAUAGCAAAACCAACUGGUAAUAGUCAGAGUGGAGCGUUAGCGAUAGUGAACAGACAGAACAACGGAGGAAAACAAAACUGGUAA